AUGCAGCAGCUGCUCAAAGACUGGCGGCAGGAUGCCAUGCACAAGCACCAAUAUGAGUCUGCUAUCUACAUAGGGGAUAAGCUACUCGCCAUUACCAAUGAUCCUAACGACGCCUUCUUCCUUGCCCAAGUCCAUUUCUCAACCGGCAAUUAUACCCGCGCGCAAAGUUUCUUAGACAAGCAUGAUCUCGUGGAACACAACUCAGCAUGCCGGUACUUGGCCGCUCAUUGUCAGAUCAAGCAAGGGAAAUACGAGGAAGCUCUCUCAAUACUAGGAGACAGAAAUCCAAGCCAUCUUAUUAUAUCACCGAGUAAGACACGGCGGAAAUUACACCAUACGAAUGGGACACUACGGCCAGGAAGUAAGCAUGGGAAAGCAACAGGGAGACCUGAGAGGAUAGAAAAGAGCGAGGAGAGGGAUCGGGAGAAUACAUCCAACAUCAAGUACGAAGCAGGCAUGUGCUAUCUACGGGGAUUAUGUUUCGCGAAGCAAAGCGCCUUCGAUCGCGCGAAAGAGUGUUACAAGGACGCUGUACGAAUAGAUGUACAAUGCUUCGAAGCAUUCGAUCAGCUCAUGAAGAACUCUCUCAUGUCACCAGAUGAAGAAUGGACCUUUCUGGAUUCCCUAGACUUUGACUCAAUCUCUGGAGAAGACAGUUCUACAUCUCAAGAAGUCGCUCAGUUCGCCAAGAUGCUCUACACCACCCGCCUCUCGAAAUACAAGAACCCUACGGAAUUCAACCACGCAUCCGAGACCCUUUCUACCCAUUAUAACCUCGCCACAAAUCCAGACCUCCUCCUUUCCAAAGCUGAGCUCUUCUUCACACAAUGCCGCUUCAAACAAGCACUCGCCCUCACAACCUCUAUCCUGGAAACCGACGAAUACAACUUCUCCAUCUACCCUCUCCACCUAGCUUGCCUACACGAGCUCGCCCAGACGAAUACGCUCUUCCUAAUCUCCCAUCGCCUCGCCGACCUCCAUCCUGACCAGCCCGCCACCUGGCUAGCAGUCGGUGUUUACUAUCUCAGCAUAUCCCAAAUAGCAGAAGCGCGGCGCUUCUUCUCUAAAGCCUCAAUGAUGGAUCCACACUUCGGUCCUGCCUGGAUUGGGUUCGCGCACACCUUCGCUGCAGAAGGUGAACAUGACCAAGCCAUUUCCGCAUACAGUACCGCUGCGCGCUUAUUCCAGGGGACUCAUCUCCCACAGCUUUUCCUUGGCAUGCAGAAUCUACAGCUCAACAACAUGACUCUCGCCCAUGAAUACCUCAACGCCGCUCACGCCCUGUGCAGCACUGAUCCUUUGCUUCUCAAUGAGCUUGGCGUGGUCUUCUACCAUCUUGACCACCUCUCCGAAGCCAUCAACAUCUUCAACAGUGCUCUCACCAUUGCAGCCGACAUAGAUAGUGAUCCUAGGGCGUGGAUCGCUACCCGCGCAAACCUUGGCCACGCGUACCGCCGGCAACGAGAGUGGGCUCUAGCAUUGCAAGAGUUCGAAGAGGUCUUACGCCAGGGCGGUCGGGAUGCAGGCAUCUUCUGCGCCAAGGGUCUCGUGCUGCUAGAGAUGGAAAGGAGCUGGGAAGCGGUGUGUGCGCUACAUGAGGCUUUAGCUGUGGGGCCGCAGGACCCGAUCGCUACCGAUCUGCUAAGCAGGGCGCUGGAGGAGAACGCUAGCGUACAGGGAUGGGGUGGUGCGAUGGAGGCAGAGGAUGAGGUAGAUAGAGAGUUCGACAAGGUCCUGGCGGCAAGGAGGCAUGGGCCUGUGGGAAGGAAGCCAAGGAGAAAAGACAAAGGAAAGCAGAGAGUCAGCGAGGUCGAAGAGGAUAGCAUGAUGAUUAUGAGUGAUGACGAGGAUUGA